CAAAACAGAAAAAUAUAAAAUGUAAAAGAUGCCUCAGGCCCAGCUCAAGAGCAGUGCCCACCACCAUCUCUCUCUCACUUUCCCUUUCCCAAUGCUUUUCUUUUUCUCCACCCGAUAUACCAUUUGUAUUUUCUUGCACACUUUUCUGUUUGCUUCUAACCCCUCUCUCUCUCUUUCCCUGGAAAACAAAAACCAAGGGGACCCAUUCACUUGCGCAGUGACCAGAUUCUCUCCUUGCCACGAAAGUCUGUAUUUUUUUUUUUCGGUUCUCUUUCUCUCAACCCCACCCCAAACCCAUGUUCUUUCCCUAACUCGUUUCUCGUUUUGCGCAAGAUUUGUGUUUCCGUUGAUAUUUUGAUAAUCGAAGGGUUUGAUUUGUGGUGAGAAGGGAAUGUCGCCGGAAGCGGCGACCGCAGCCGCAGAUGCGGCCGAAUAUUCCUUCGCGCUGGAGUAUCACGGCCCGCCGGUGACCCGUGAGCUGCCGCGGGCCGUGCCCAUCAAUGUGGAUCGGAUCCCUGUGGCUGCCGUCGUUUCGCCUCGGCCGUAUACAGACAGCUUUUCGCUGCCCGUCGUACAGCCGAUUUCUGCUAAGGACAUAAUCGGCAAAAAGCUAUCCAAGGAUUUGAAAUUAAGUUCAUCCUCGUCGGAGUUACUGACUGUCUCCCCAACGUCGGUGAUUACGUUCGAUUCGCGGAAUAAUGAGGCUAGCGAGGGCUCCUACAGUAAAGAACUAGGUUUAGGGACCGAGACCAGUGUUUCGCCUAGCUCGAUUCACGAAAGGAAUCCCGAAAAUUGCCUCAAUAAUGAUGCUUGCGCUUCAUCCGGCGAGCUCACUAGUGAUUUCGAGUGCUGUAAUCGUGAUGGUGGGCUGGAUACUAGUCGUGACCUCUCGUGUGAGUUCAUAGGUGGGAUCGAGAGCUCGGGGGCUUUAGGCUCUUCCUAUAGCUUCGAGAAAUCAGGGGAAUUUUCAGGGAGUUUGCGAAAAUCGAGGCUGUCCAUUGGUUACAAAGAGAGCAUGGACUUUAACGAAUCUAACCGAACGGAUUGGGAAUCCAACAAUUCAGUCUUGAGCGUGGAUUACCUGUCAUCUAGGAUUUCUUCUUCUAAGUUUGGGGAGAAGAAUCGCGAAUCUAAUUGUGACGCGAGGCGGGCCCCAGCGGUGACUUUCUGUGACAUCGAAUCUGAUGAUGAGAACACCAUUGAUGAGUUUACUCGUGUGGUGGAGCCUGAGGUUGUUCGGGCGAGAAAAGAACCUGCGGUUAGGGUCAAGAAAGGUGCAUGUUAUCGGUGCUUGAAAGGGAAUAGGUUCACAGAGAAGGAGGUUUGCAUGGUUUGUGAUGCUAAGUACUGCAGUAAUUGUGUGCUUAGAGCAAUGGGGUCUAUGCCCGAGGGCAGGAAGUGUGUGACUUGCAUCGGGUACCCUAUUGACGAGUCAAAGAGGGCUUAUUUAGGAAAAUGCUCUAGGAUGCUCAAGCGGUUAUUGAAUGAUUUGGAGGUUAAGCAAAUAAUGAAGGCCGAAAAAUUGUGUGAAAUGAAUCAGUUGCCUCCCGAGUAUAUCUGUGUGAACGGUAGGCCUCUUUAUCCCGAGGAGUUGAUUGUGCUACAAAGCUGCUCUAAUCCACCAAAGAAGCUGAAGCCGGGGAAUUAUUGGUAUGACAAAGUAUCGGGUCUAUGGGGAAAGGAGGGACAGAAGCCUUCUCAAAUAAUUAGCCCGCAUCUCAAUGUUGGGGCUCCUAUUAAGCCAGAUGCUAGCAAUGGGAAUACACAAGUUUAUAUAAAUGGCCGGGAGAUCACAAAAGUGGAAUUGCGUAUGUUAAAGUUAGCUGGAGUCCAGUGUGCUGGGAAUCCACAUUUUUGGGUGAAUGAAGAUGGUUCGUACCAAGAGGAGGGACAGAAAAAUACAAAAGGGUAUAUCUGGGGCAAGACUGGAACAAAGCUGCUUUGUGCUGUACUCUCUCUUCCAGUUCCUUCAAAGUCAUCUCAACCGUUUGGAGAGCAAGUUACUAGCAUGAGUAGCAGGAGUAUGCCUGAGUAUCUUGAACAGCAAACAAUUCAGAAACUUCUCUUGAUAGGAUAUAGUGGAUCUGGGACAAGUACAAUAUUUAAACAGGCCAAAAUUCUUUACAAAGAUGCACCUUUCUCAGAGGAUGAGCGCGAGCACAUUAAAUUAGUUAUCCAAAGCCAUCUGUAUAGUUACAUUGGAAUACUUCUUGAAGCUCGUGAGCGAUUUGAAGAAGAAAGUUUGCAGACAUUGAGGCAAAAUCGGUCUUCCGAUAGUUCUAAUUCAGUAGGGAAUGCUGGGAAUGGAGAGGAGAAUCCUUAUUCCAUCUCUCCACGUUUGAAGUCAUUUUCGGAUUGGCUUCUUCGAAUUAUGGCAUCGGGUACUUUGGAGGCAAUAUUCCCUGCUGCAAGUCGGGAAUAUGCACCGUUGGUUGAGGAGCUGUUGAGCAGUUCGGCUUUUCGAGCAACUUACAAGCGAAGAAGUGAACUGGAUACUCUUCCCAGUGUUGCAAGCUAUUUCCUUGAUCAGGCUGUUGAGGUAUUGAAACAGGAUUACAGACCAUCUGAUUUGGAUAUCCUCUAUGCCGAGCGUGUUACUUCAUCCAAUGGACUUUCAUGCGUGGAAUUCUCAUUCCCCGACACAGCAUAUGAUGAUAAUGUUGACAGCGGGACUUUGCGUGAUUCCCAGCUCAGGUAUCAGCUGGUUAGGCUACAAGCCAAAGGAUUUGGAGAAAACUGCAAGUGGCUUCAGAUGCUUGAAGAUGUCCGAAUAGUCAUCUUCUGCGUCUCCUUGACCGAUUAUGACCAAAUUGACCUCGACACAUAUGGCAACCCACAGAAUAAGAUGCUCUCGAGCAGAAAGUUCUUCGAGAACAUAGUGACUCACCCGACUUUUGGUCAAGUGGAUUGUCUUCUCCUCUUAAACAAAUUCGACUCGUUCGAGGACAAAAUCGAGCAUGUCCCCUUGAGCAAGUGUGAAUGGUUCGACGAUUUCCAUCCCGUGAUCAGCCGUAACCGGAGCAGUAGUAGCGCGAAUCAUCCGACCCUUGGGCAGUUGGGCUUUCAUUAUAUUGCUGUUAAGUUCAAAAGGCUCUAUUCGGGCCUAACGGGCCGGAAACUUUAUGUGUCGCUCGUGAAGGGUCUUGAGCCCAAUAGUGUGGAUGGGGCACUUAAGUAUGCAAGGGAGAUUCUGAAUUGGGAUGAUGAGGGGUUCAACUUAGGCUUGAGUGAAAACUCGUUUUAUAGUACAGAGGCAAGCUCGAACUCUCACUGAGAUGUGGGGCCCACAUUUUUUGUACAGAAGUCGUGUGUGAAUGAGGAAAGAAAAGGAAAAGACUGAUUAGUUGUUGUGUUGACAUAUGUUCUCUGUUCUUUGAUGUAUAAUCAAAUUGUGUAUUGUGUUAUGUAGUUGGGUUCUUGCUAAUGGAUUGAGAAGUAGCUGAUGUUAUUUGAUAGUGUAUCAGUGUAUGGCAUUUUAUGGGAAUUGCAGUGUUACUGUUUUCUCUUUUUCUCUGUUAAGUGUGUGGUAUAAUAUAUAGGCACAUCUGUAAGAGGAAUUUAAGAUAUAGGAUGAUGUUAAGAUGGUAAUGCCAUCGUUUUAAAUGGUUUUAUCUUAAGUUGUGUAGCCUGGCAAUGGAGAGUUAUGGGCACCCAAGAGAUUGUCAUUUUCAAAACUUUAUAUAGG